AAACAGCUAAGCUGGGCACCGCUCGAGGUCUCGGCUGAUGUCGGCACGUCGGCACUCCUCCCUUCCCCGUCCUCCGGCCACUGCUGCACCAUCUCCAAAUCAACUGUUCGUUGCUAUCCUUAUCAGAUAUCUCUCCCGUAUAAUCUCGCCUAUUACUGGUUCUUAUCCAAGUGCUUCCCAAAUCGCACAACACUUUUCUUUACACCGACACAAAGCUUCUCCGAUUCCGUCGACCUCGACCGAAGCCCGAUCUGAACUCAGGCUCGGCGUACAGGUUUUUUUUUUGUGUGUGUUAAUUUUGUGGCUAAAUUAAAUUACUGUGUAUAAAGGGAUUCCGUCGGAGUAGAUGGACGUGGUAACCUUUGGUGCGGUAGUGGGCAUAGUCCUCCUGCUCUUCCUGCUCGUCCUCGCCAUCACAAUCGAGGGCACCUGCCGCAGCCGCAGCCGCUCCUCCUCCGCCGCCUAGUCUACACCGCCGCCUCCGUGUGGCGCCAAUGCCCCGCCGCCUCCUCGCCCUGCUGCUCCUGGCCGCCGCCGUCGCCGCCGCGGCUGGAGACGGGCCCUCCUCGGCCUUCUGCCCCUUCCACGUCGAGGAGCCCCACGAUCACCAUGACCACGGCCACAGCUGCGGGGGCGCCGGCGCGGGUGAUCCCCAUCACGAGCACCACCACCACCACCACGAUCACCACCACCAUCAGCCAGACGAGAUCCGGCGGCUCCUCCCGGAGGAGCUGGCCGAGGAGGCGGAUCUCGAGCUCGAAGGCUUCGGCCACCACCACCACCACCACCACCACCACCACCACCACGACCACAGCCACAGCGACGUCUUCCAGCCCGAGACAUCGCCCAUGGGUCUCUGGCUAAAAGCGAUGGGGUGCUCGCUGCUGGUCAGCCUCGCGUCGCUCGUCUGCCUCGUCCUCCUCCCAGUCAUCUUCUUUCAGGGGAAACCCUCCAAGGCCAUGGUGGACGCGCUUGCGAUAUUCGGGGCAGGAGCAAUGCUUGGAGAUUCAUUUUUUCAUCAACUGCCUCAUGCUUUUGGUGGAGGGCAUUCUCAUUCACAUGACCACGAGGAUCACGCUCAUGCUCAUGAUGAGUCACAUGCACACUCUCUGGAAGACCUUUCUGUCGGCAUGUCUAUUUUAUUUGGUAUUGUAUUGUUCUUUAUUGUCGAGAAGAUUGUGAGGUAUGUUGAAGACAAUGCUCAAAAUGGGGUUCAUAGCUUGGGCCAUGGGCAUCAUCAUCACCAUCAUAAACGAGAAGACACCAGUGAUAAGGCGAAGUUGGAUCACAAGAAAAGCGAUGAUGAGGUUAAAGAUACAGAUCAAGCAGACAAACAAACUUUGCAUGAUGGUGCAAUUGACAAAAUAGAUGAUGCAGAUCAUAAAGAGUCAAAUGCUACGAUACGUAAGAGGAUCUCUUCUAGUUCCAGUGCUGCUAACAAAGAGCCUGUCAGUUCUGGAACUGAUUCUGCCCCCAGCAAACCAUUACCAAGUGAGGAUUCCACUGUUUCCAACUCAAAUCUGGUGUUUGGCUACCUUAAUCUUUUCUCAGAUGGUGUUCAUAACUUCACUGAUGGGAUGGCUCUUGGAAGUGCUUUUCUGCUACAUGGUUCUGUUGGAGGGUGGUCUAGAACUUUAUUUCUUCUUGCUCAUGAACUUCCUCAAGAGGUUGGGGAUUUUGGAAUCUUGGUUCGCUCGGGAUUCACUGUAUCUAAAGCCCUAUUUUUCAAUUUUCUCUCUGCGUUGGCUGCUCUUGCUGGAACAGCACUAGCACUGUCUUUGGGAAAGGAUCCGGGACAUUCUUCUUUGAUUGAGGGUUUUACUGCUGGAGGUUUUAUUUACAUUGCUGUUGCCGGAGUCCUACCACAGAUGCAUGACCAGAAAACUACACUGAGCAACUCAAUGACUCAGUUGGUUUUCCUGACAAUGGGAAUGCUGGUUGCUCUGGGGAUAUCUCUAGUAGAAUGACCUGGAUCUCCAUUUCUUUGUAGCUUUAGCGUUGAGCUGCCCUUAUACCAGUCUGGUCACUGCAUCACUAGAAGAUGCAGCCUGAAAGAGCGACUCCCCUGAUAUUUUGGUGCAAACAUAGCAGAAUAUUUUGUCAACUAAUUUAGUUUCGCUUGCAUCAUUAGCGUCAUUAAUAUAGGUCUUGGCAAAGACUUCACUGGACCUUUAAUCUUGUGAUCAUGAUUAUAUGAAGGUAUACAUCAGUGCAUCA